AAAAUUUGAGAGUAAAAGAUAAAAAAGAAAAAGUUGGGGGCGACGCGUGAGUAGAGUUGGUAGUAUCUAUCGGCAAAGCGCAACGGUGCGAAGUGUGGAGGCAGUUCACAGUUUGUGGAGUAGCUUCUUCUUCUUCUUCUUCUUUUUCAUCCCAACCUCGUUUUUUCUCUUCUCAAUUUCUCUCAGAGAUAAUAAUGGACCCAGCAGAACGUAGGUACUUGGAGGAGGAGGAUUCAUCACUCAUGAAAACAUUUAAGGGUGCAACAACUGGUUUGGUUGCUGGCACUUUCUGGGGUUCUGUGGUUGCCACCUGGUAUGAUGUUCCUCGUGUUGAGAGAAGUGUUGCUCUUCCGGGGCUGAUUAGAACUUUAAAGAUGAUGGGUAGCUAUGGUGCCACCUUUGCUGCCAUAGGAGGAGUCUACAUAGGUGUGGAACAGUUGGUGCAGAACUACAGGAACAAGAGGGAUCUUGUAAAUGGCGCCGUUGGUGGAUUUGUUGCUGGUGCAACUAUUCUUGGUUACAGAGGAAGGAGCAUCCCAAAUGCAAUUUCUGCCGGAUCAGCGCUGGCAUUCACAUCUGCAGUCCUUGAUUUUGGAGGUCAGACAAUGAAACAUGAUACUGGAAAGGAGUAUGCUGCAUACACUACAAAGAAAAGACCCAGUAAUAACAACGCAUAAUUAUUAAUUGAUGCACCUUUGUGACCAAAUACAUUUCAAGUUGAUUUGAGAGAGUGAAUCCCUCUUUGGUGAGCCAGUUGUUUGUUGAUGAAUUGGAAUUACGUUAUUCCAUAUUUUCUUUUGUAAGUUGUUGCUGAACUGGUUGAAUUCCAAUAAAUGUACUAUUAUUAUGCUUUAAUUUUGUACCAGUCUACCAUAACCUUAUUAAAUAAUAGUUGACAUUCUUCCUUUGGAUGAAUACUAUA